UGUUUUUUGCACAAGCUACAGAACAUACGCAUCUGCGCUAGAAGUCGUCGAAUUAUUGAGUUAUGAAAUCUCUAACACUAAUAUUUGUUGUGGCAGUGGCCACCAUUUACAUCCUUGUCCAAAGCGCAUUGGGGGCUGCAGUUACCAAUGAGAAAGGAGAAACACAGCUACAUUUUGAUUUCCGUCAAGAUAAUGGUUAUCAACGAGUGGAAAAUAUAAAAUACAACAAGACUAGUACAUCGCCCUCAGCGGACGAGGGCAAAGUCAAGGAGGCAAGCAAAGAAGACCCUGUGGAAUUCCGUGGAGGUUACAGCUACAUCUCAGCCGAUGGUUACGAGUACACUGUUAAAUAUAAGGCCAACAAGAAUGGCUUCCAGCCCUAUGUUACAGCUCAUAAAUUGAAAGAUGCUCCAAAAUAGAUAAUUCCCCCCAUUA